UCGGCUGCAUCAUACAAUACUUAAAGCCACCGCACGUUCGUUACUACUUUUCCGCUUCACGCUUUUUGAUUGAUCGGUUUUUCUACCUCUAUCAAACAGAAUAAGAAAAUAAGUAACAAAUCAUGACACUCCUCGGUUGAUGUAACGCAUAACAAAACGAUCGGGAAGGUCGUUCCGGUGCCGACUUGGUCACUUUUUUUCCCCGGCCUCAAAGUGCUCUCUGGCCAAGGACGGCUCUCGGUUUUGCGGUUUUCGAGCCAAACCGCUAGCCUUUGCCCAUUUUGAUGGAUAUACAGUGCCUUGCAGAUCGAAUUUCAAGUGAGUGUGAUGACACUGUCAUUGUAUAACUAUCGACGUGUGCACGUGUGUGAAAUCAGUGCGUCGAUUUGACGGACUGUGCAUCGAUCAUGAGUAAGAGAUAAUUAGGUAGAAAUAAGUACUAUUUUUGGGAACACUCCGCUGAUUUUACCGCUCUUCCGUAUAGCCAUAUCCACGUUGUUCGUGGGACAACUUUUAGCCACGUAAUCAAGAUUGGAUGAAAAAUGGAAGAUCAUUUGAUGCAGAUAAUCCAUUCAAGGAAUACCAGUUAGGAAGGCCAGUAUGAGAGGUUCAGCCGUUGCAGUUGGAGUGCCACGAGCCAACCGAGGCUUCCUGUUUAGGACGUUAGCUUUUGUCUUCCUGGCAACUUUUCUUUGGCUGCAACUGCACGUAAUCAACCUGACAACGCGGGACUGGUCAAACCAGCAUCCAGUGAAUGAGAGUCUAUACGCUCUUGUGCCUCAAGAGCUGCACAGGUUCCUCAAAGAUCGGCGUAACAACGGAACACUUGGCCGCAGCAACAACUUGACAUCUGGGAAUCAAGAACUUAACGAAUAUGAAAUCGUGGAAAUUCACCGGCAAAUCGAUAAAGUCAAUGCGGAGCAGCGUGUUCUAAACGAGGAUGCAUUCGGACCCUUGGCACCCGAAGCACCGGUGAUCCUUGUCCAGGUGCACGACCGGCUUAACUACCUGCGCCACCUUAUCAUCUCCUUGGCUCAGGCCAAGGGUAUCGAAGAGGUUCUACUCGUCUUCAGCCACGAUGUCUGGAAUCCAGAUAUCAACUACCUCGUGCAGAAUGUUGACUUCUGCCGAGUCAUGCAGAUAUUUUAUCCGCACAGCAUACAGACGCACCCGCACAGCUUUCCUGGCGAAAGCCCCAACGAUUGUCCGAGAAACAUUGGCAAAGAACAGGCUUUGCUGCAGGGUUGCACGAACGCGGAGCACCCGGACUCGUACAAGCACUACCGCGAGGCCAAGUUCACCCAAACAAAGCACCAUUGGUGGUGGAAGGCGAAUCGGAUUUUCGACCAGUUAAACGUUACCCGCAACCACACUGGCAUGGUGCUCUUCCUGGAGGAGGACCACUAUGUGGCCGAGGACUUUCUCCACGUACUCAGGCUCAUGGAGCGCACCUGCCAGCGUAGCGAGCAACGGUGCGACGUGCUCUCACUGGGCACCUAUCUCAAAACUUACAACUACUAUGCUGACAAUAGGAAGUACUUGGGCAGCCUACAGAAGGAUCUGCUGCGCGGCCUGAAGCGUCAGGAGUUGGCAAGCGGUACAGCCGGUAGUCCGAUCAGGCGGUCUGCUACUACUGCUAAUGCCGGUGGUGGUAGUGGUCAGGAGCUUGGCUCCACGCAUCCCGGCCAGAAGGUCGUGGCUGCGCCCUCCUGGGCCUACCAGCUCCUGCCCAGCCUCUAUCAGCACUACCAAAAGGCUGAAAUAACGCCGUGGGUCUCGAGCAAGCAUAACAUGGGCAUGGCCUUCAAUAGAGCAACCUGGAAACAUGUAAGGAGGCGCGCAAAACAGUUCUGCACGUACGACGACUACAACUGGGAUUGGAGCUUACAGCACAUAGCCCAGACCUGUUUUUCGCCUGACUCCAAAUCCAGUCUGGUGCCUUGCUCUGGCCUAAUCACCAUUAUGAUGCGAGCACCUCGUGUUUUUCACAUCGGCGAGUGUGGGGUGCAUCACAAGAAAGCAAACUGUGAGUCAACUUCAGCAAUAGCCAAGCUUCAAAAUGUUCUGCGACAGGCACGCCAGCACCUCUACCCAAGUGACUUGACCCUCAUCCAUGCUGCCAUCUCGAAGAAGACGAAGCUACGACGAGGAAACGGUGGCUGGGGCGACGUACGCGACCAUGAGCUCUGCCUCAACAUGACCCUAGAGGCAUCUCCAGCACUUAUCGAGCUGUAAACUCUGGUAUCUUUAUGUUACCUAUAAAAUGUCCAAAUAAAGCGCCUAGUCCAGUUCCAGAGUGCGGGACGCGCUUGUAUAGCGCGACUGUGCUUAUAUAUACAUAAAAAGCCGAGGAUGUUACAUCAAUGUCCUUUGUUUUUCCGAUCGAGAGACUGACAGUCAGUAGAGUAGACACGCAUUCGUUUUGCGCUGUCAUACUAAAAUAAUACUAAUGUAUUUUCUAGUCAACGUUUACGAUGAGGUAGGAAGGGAAAUGUAGCAGAGACAGAAAUAGCUUAUGUGGUCAUACUUAAACUUAUUGUUGACUGUGCGAUACUUUAUCAAACGGUAGAUAGCCAUUCGAUAGAUUACCCAAAAUUAUCAAACAUUUUUAUUAAAUAUACGUAUAAAAAUAUCAGCAUAUAGGUAGAUGUAUAUACGUGUACGAACUGACAUUUUCAAGGUUGCCGGGUGUUUUGUAUAUAUAUAUGUGCAUGGCAACACAGCUUGUAGAUACAACACAUUUUGACUAGCGUUGAGGACAGAAGCUGAAUUGCUGAUCAUAUACAUCGUAGUAUAAUGAUUCACUUUUAUUGAUUGACAUGAAAACCGUUAAACUAUUGUAUUACCCAUACUUAUCAAAAAAUCAUAAUUUAUACAAGCUUGUAAAACUUCCUUUUACGUGCAUCUGGUAGUCCUAUGCACUUUAGCCUACGUGUGCGUGAAAUACAAAAAUGGUGGUUACAGCAACGUUCAUAAGCAGCGUAGGUUAUGUGGUAUAUCAGUUAAUAAUAAUAUUAUGUAUUAAAGAGAAUCUAUGUUCCAUGAUGUACAUAGAAAGGAAAAUAUAUGAGUUGCACAGAUUAUUCUUUGUAAUAUUCUGUCAAGAAUUAGGAGUCUAACAUGAGUAAAUUAUAGUUGUAGAUUCAAUACUUGAGGUGCCAUGCACCAUUUUUUAUCUAUGAAAUUGAAAUAUUUUAUUACGCAUGCGUAUUGUAUGAAGUCAAUCAGCUAAUACAAACGGAGAGAAAACUUAUUGUACUAAAACAGUAAUCCGUUAUUAUUCCAUCGUCUAAAGACUUUUUACUAUUUGCACAAUUCUUUUUUGUGUGAAAAACAGUUAUUUUAAUCGUAAGAGUAGUCUUUUUACUUGUUUUAACGGUAGUAACAACUGCAGUUCAUCAUGGUGAAAAUUAAGUUGUCUAAAGUAAAAAUGUCCCUAGACAUGAUAAAAUAUCAGUUUACCUUUCAAGCAACGAGAUUUUUGUAAGUAUUCUCUCAAUGUAUGACUUAUUCUAUCCAAAUGAGCAGAAUAGGAGUGAACAUUUUUUUUCUUUAACACAAAAUUUAUUAUUUUUUCUAAAAAAAUUUCUUAUUCAUUACUAUUUAGAAUAAGAAUACACAUUAAAAUUUUUUCUAGCAGAUAAGUGCUACAUAUUUUAACCACUAAAGUUCAUCAUAAAUUAUUUCAAAUCAAAUACUUCAAUAUUUUUACAAAUAUUUUGAUUUUUUUUCUUUAAUGUGUAAUGCAUGGUUUUUGUUGGAAAAAAUGUUAUCAAGAAUUAGUUCAAUUAAAAAAAUGUUUAUAGAAUACAGGAUAUAUUACGAGUGGAAAAUAAAUUGUAAAAAAAAUUGAAAAACUAUGCGUGCCCCAAUCUGUGUGUACACGUAUUCGCUACGUGCACAAGCUGAAAAAGCGAUCGCAGCAAUACCUGUGCUAAUAU